ACCCUCAAACUAAAUUCUAGUUAAUUGCAAAGUCAGCCUUGAAGAGAACAAAUCAAACGCAAAAGAAAAUAUAAAACGAAAAAGAAAAAUUAAAAUGUUUUCAACUCAUACACAAUCCACUCAUUGGGAUACCCAAGUCGAUUCUCAGCAACUGGAACCAAAUGCAAAGUUCGUCAAUAUGUCGAAUCGUCCAACCAGCUCAAUGCCGACAAAUGAAUCGGAAUUGGUUAAUGAUUGUAGACGUGCACUGACUGAUGGCAAAUUGAAGAACCCAAUGGAUCGCAUUCGCUUGUUGUGUUUGUCUCGCGGUGCAUCCGGAAUUUACAAUUUGGGAAGAUCAUUCAGACGUUUGGCCAGUCAAGGUGAUAAGUUGUCAAAGGAUGGAUUUAUUGAGGCACUGCAAGAUGUCGAAAUUGAUUGCACUCCAGAAGAGGCAGAUGAAAUUUUUACCGCCUUUGACACUGAAGGAACUGGACAUGUUGACACGAAGGAGUUCUUGUUUCAGCUCAGACUGAUGAGUUUGGCACGAGAAGCACUCGUUCACAGAUGUUUUAAGAAAACUGACAGAGACAAUGAUGAUGUUAUCACAGUUGACGAUCUAAGACGAUCAUAUUCCGUCAAACAUCACCCGUUGUACGUGAAUGGUGACGAGGACAAGGAAACCAUAAUGAAGCGAUUUUUGGCUACAUUCGAGGAGGGAGGAGAUCUUCGGGCUGAGAUUACUAUCGAAGAAUUUCUCAAUUACUAUGCCGGAAUAAGCGCCACCAUUGAGGAGGAUGGAUAUUUCGAUCUGUUGCUCAGAGAGGAGUACAAUCUUUAAAUGCUUAAACAUUUCGAAUUUAAUAUUUAUAAUUGUUUGUAAAAUCAAAGAGUGUAGAUGGCUCGUUUAACUCAUUGUAACUGGCACUGUCUGCGAUAUUUUUAACGGAAACUCACACUUGUUUGCAACCAAAGAGUGUAGCUUGCUUUUUUAACUCAGUGUAAACUGGCGCUACCAGUCUUGUAGUAAAAUCAUCACAAAUAAAUUUUAGCUCACAUUU